GGGUUAUUGAAUAUAAGUGCGAAAUCUACCUGAAAUGGUUCCGGUGAGCUUCCACAAUAACCGCCUCGCACUUGCGGAUGCCACUGACCUACAUCAAUAGUUAGUGGAGCUCGGCCUUCCCCCUCUACGCCGCCUCCCUCCCACAGUACCUAUUGGCUCUCUUUUCAAACUUUCACCACUGCUCCUUCCUCCUCUCAUCACCCUCCUCCUCCUCCUCCUCCUCCUCCUCCCUGCCUGAGCUCUCGACGACCUCCGCCGGGAACGCUGCUCUCUCUCUAUCUUCAUGAACUAGGUCAUCAUUUGCCAUGAAGCCAUUGGGCAAUGAUGAAAGUGACCUGGAAGGUUGUAAGUUGGAGAAAGAUAGAGAUAAAACAGUUCGAAGCAACAAAAUGGUUAAAAUACACAACCAGGCUUUACUGUCUGGCAUUGCAUAUUGUAUUUCAUCAUGUGGCAUGAUAUUGGUCAACAAAUUGGUCCUUUCCAGCUAUGAUUUUAACGCCGGGAUAUCGUUGAUGCUAUACCAGAAUUUUGUCUCUGUGGUUAUUGUGUCAAUAUUGAGCCUUUUUGGCAUGAUAUCAACUGAGCCACUUACGUGGAGAUUGAUUAAGAUCUGGCUUCCUGUGAAUGUUAUAUUUGUUGGAAUGCUCAUUACAAGCAUGUUUAGUUUGAAGUACAUCAAUGUUGCUAUGGUCACAGUUUUGAAGAAUGUUACCAAUGUGAUAACUGCACUCGGAGAAAUGUAUAUAUUCAAUAAGCACCAUGACAACAAAGUUUGGACUGCUUUGUUCUUAAUGAUCAUUUCUGCAAUUACUGGAGGAAUUACUGAUCUAUCUUUUCAUGCUGUUGGCUAUACAUGGCAAAUUAUUAACUGUUUCUUAACAGCAUCAUAUUCUUUAACACUGCGUAGGGUCAUGGAUACGGCAAAGCUAGUUACUAAAUCUGGAAAUUUGAAUGAGUUUUCAAUGGUCUUGCUAAAUAAUACCCUUUCAUUGCCUCUGGGGGUCCUCCUGAUAUUUGUGUUCAACGAGGUGGAUUAUCUCUCUAAAACACCACUUUUGAGGUUACCUAUAUUCUGGUUCUUGAUGACAUUUAGUGGAUUUUUGGGUCUAGCAAUCAGUUUCACUUCUAUGUGGUUUCUUCAUCAAACAGGGGCUACCACGUACAGCCUUGUGGGAUCCCUAAAUAAGAUACCCCUAUCUAUUGCUGGCAUCCUUCUUUUCAAGGUGCCUACCAGUUUGGAGAAUUCUGCGAGCAUCCUUUUUGGUCUUCUAGCAGGAGUGUUUUUUGCAAGGGCCAAAAUGCGGGAGAGAUCUCAAGCCUGAGACUUGACUUAGAACUGCAGUGUGUUUUUACUCUGGCUUGCUCUGUAACUAAAAACUGGCAGCUUAGUUAUGCAUCUGACAUUUUAUGUACCCAGGGGGUGGGGGGGAUCAGAAGCAAAGCAGUUUUCUCUGAAGAACACGGAGUUUCUUCCAUUUGGCUUUUGCUUUUUGCAUUGGACAAGGGAGAAUAGGUGCCUUUUGGGAUGUUUUGAGCAUCAGUUUUCCGUACCGCAACUGCAAGAAGCUGCUGCCACUGGUUCUCUUUCCUUUCAAUUUGUAUUGUAGUGGGGAUUAUUUUCUUUCCCCGGUGUUAUCUUUAUAGAGACAAAUUUUAAUUCCAAUUAUUUAUUGAAAAGAAGAAAAGCCACGCAAGAUCUGAUUGUAAACAAAGAUGGGUUCUUUUUUUCUUCCUUACUUUUUAUUCCUUUUCUUUUGUGUACUUGGUCAUUAGAUAUUGUGAAAAAUUCUAUCACAUGAUGGAUUAAGCAGCAGUGCUCUGAUGGAAAAACAUGUAACGGGCUACUCUAUGGUUAACUCGAGGGUAUUCUAA